UGGCCCGGGGAGCUAGAUGGCAGGUAGACGUUUAACCAGCACGGACGGUGGGUUACGCGUGCGAAUGGUUGUUGAGACUUGAGAUGCGUAAAACUGUCUACGGAGCUUGAAAUUCACGUCUAUCUCAAGUCAAUCAAUUUCAUCAACUCUCUCUCUCUCUCUCUCUCUCUCUCAAUUGAGAUUCACGUCAAUUGGUUGCCAACGCCCUAGAUCACUGCCAUGGCUGUAGCAUCUCCAACUAAGGAGAAGAGCGAACCUUCUCAGUCAGUGGAGCCUCUCCUUUCUUCUCCGUUGCCUUCGAAACCGGCUUCAGACGCCGGUUCUGAAACCUCGUCGGUUGGCAUCGGUGAUCCCUCCGAUCGUAACGAGCAAUCCGAUUCGUCGGCUAACAGUCGUAAAGAUAUUGAAGUCCAGUGUGUGUUGUUACAGUCUGCGGCAUCUUUAAGAAGCGAGGAGUAUCGGCAACUGUUUCGUCUUCCACCUGAGGAAGCCCUUAUUCAAGACUUCAAUUGUGCACUUCAGGAGAAUAUCCUUCUUCAGGGCCAUAUGUACUUGUUUGUUAAUCAUAUUUGCUUUUAUUCAAACAUUUUUGGGUUUGAGACAAAGAAAAUAAUCCCUUUCCAUGAGGUCACGUGUGUAAGAAAAGCAAAGACAGCAGCAAUUUUCCCUAAUGCCAUAGAAAUUCUAGCUGGGGGGAAAAAGCACUUCUUUGCAUCUUUUCUGUCACGUGAUGAAGCUUACUGUCUCAUUGUUGAUGGGUGGGCUCAAUACAAUGAUCGUUUUAAAGCCCAAAUAGAUUGUCAGGAGUCGAAAUCUGAAUCUAGAAACCAAGACAAUGCUCUUGUUAUAUUUGAAAACUUCAAGAGCUUUGAGCAACCAACUAAUUACCUAAAUCCUAUGGACAGGAAUGAAGAUUUUCAGGUUCCAGAAGAAUGUAACCAUCUGUCUAGUGGUGAAGAUGAUCCAAGUACAUCAACAAGACAUUCAGAGGCACAGGAGAAUGUGGAAGUAGAUGUCAAACCAGUUACAAAUGCUGACAGUUUCUCCUCUAGAAAGUCUUUGACUUGGAAGCUUGAGGAUGUUAAUGCCCCUAAGAUACCUGAGUGUUAUACAUUGGUUGCAGAGUCAAAAUUUCCGAUUCAGGUGGAGGAGUUUUUCAAUCUCUUUUUCUCAGAUGAUGCUGUUAAUUUCAUUGAAUCAUUUCAUACAAGAUGUGGAGACAAAGAUUUUCAGUGUACUUCGUGGUAUGAACAUGAACAAUUUGGAUGUUCCCGUGAUGUGUCAUUUCAGCAUCCAAUCAAACUGUAUUUCGGUGCACGAUAUGGUCACUGCCAGGAGAACCAAAAAUUUCGAGUUUAUAAAGACAGACAUUUGGUUGUUGAGACAUCACAAGAAAUCAAUGAUGUACCUUAUGGGGAUUAUUUCCGUGUUCAGGGGCUCUGGGAUGUUAAGAGCAGUGGUAAUGAAGGGAAUGAUUAUUGCAUUUUGCAUAUCUAUAUAAACGUAGAUUUUUCUAAGAAAACCAUGUGGAGAGGGAAAAUUGAGCAGUCCACUAUAGAUGAGUGCCAAGAUGCUUAUUCAAUUUGGAUAAAAAAUGCACAUGAAUUAUUGAAGCAAAACCAGCUUGCAAAGCAAGAAGUUCUAACUGAUGCUGCUCAAUUGGAGAGGCAUGCUAACAUUCAGGAACCUUCAGAAGGGUUACAAGAUGUGAGGAAUCAUGCAGGGGUCCAACAAAUUGCAUCUGAUUCCAUGGAUGCAAAUAAGCAAUCUGGAAAUCCAUUUCAAGGAAUCUUGAGUGACACAACAUCAACUGUGUCUUCAUUUAGAAAACCAUUGGCAACAUUUUGUUCCUAUUUGAAAAGUCAAAGCCAUCUUCCACUAAUUUUAGUUGUCACCUCUGUUUUGAUACUUCUGAUGAUGCAGCUUAGCAUAGUCGUCCUGUUAACUAGAACCCCACAAGUCCAUGUUAUUCCUCAAGCGGAUUAUAUUACUGGUAUUGGAAACCAUGGAGAUAAAGUAGAGGAAAUAGCUUGGUUGGAGAAGCGGGUUAACCUCCUCAGGGAUGAGAUAAUCGUGGUUGAGGCUCGAAUAAGGAAGAUGCAGCAUGAGUAUUCUGAGUUGAAAGCGCACCUAAAAGACCUUGAACAGCUCAAGAAGCUAAGAUAAACACCGGCACUCAUGAAUUGAAACUGUAUAUAUAACCCUUUGCAUAUAAAAUCCAAAGGCAUUAAUUUCUUGUUUCUUCUUUUUUAUGUAAAUCAAAAGAAAUGAUUGAUCGUUCCUAAAAGAUUUUAUUCAUAAAUUGUUAGAAAUCUGAACGCAGCUAGGUAUUCGUGGGUUACCCAUUCACUGGAGUUCAUAUCCGAACUAUCAUUUAUCCUGUGAAUAUGAUUGUAUCCCAACCAUCCUUGGAA